GCCUCCUCGCGCCUCGGGGCGUCCGGCGCCGAUCGGAAACUCUUUGCAGCUCAGGGCUGCCGCUGGCCGGCGUGUCCCUGGGCUGACCUGGAGGUGCGCACCCGCUCCGCAGGGUAGGAGGGAGGCGCGGAGAGAAGCCAGCCGGCCAGCCGGGCUUGGAUCCGGGGCCGCUCGGGGGAAGCCCGCACUUCCAGACGCUCCCCGGAGCCGCUGCCAUGGGAGAUACAGCGCCGGGAGCCGGAGAGCAGCCGCCGCCGCCGCCUCCAGCCUCCGCGACCCCGAGCCGGGGCUCGGGCCCCCGCCGCAGCCGCAGCCGCAGCCGCCGCAGCCGGACCGCGUCGUCUCCGCCCCGGGAAGGGCCUCCGCGGGACCGCCGGGCCGCGCCGCGCCUGGGAUGAGCAACAGUUCGGCCCGCGCUCUGCCUCCGGGAGGGAGCCCCUGGCCCCCGGCGGCGGUGCCUCGGCCGCCGUUGCUGCAGCUCCGGCCGCUGUCCCCCGGCGCCCCGGCCGCCGGCGGCCUCUCUCUCUUCCCCCCGUGGCCGAGGCGCCUGGGCCGGCGCUGGCCCUCCUCGCCGCUCGGCAUGAAGGUGUUCCGCAGGAAGGCGCUGGUCCUGUGCGCGGGCUACGCGCUGCUGCUCCUGCUGACCAUGCUCAACCUCCUGGACUAUAAGUGGCACAAGGAGCCGCCGCAGCAGUGCCGCGGGGAGCCCCCGGGGGCCGUGCCGCCCCCGGCCCGGCAGCCCGGCUCGCCGGCGCGCCCCGACCUCCGCUCCUUGUACCGCGCGCCCGCCGCGGCGGCCGCCCCGGGCAGCGCGGGGCCCGGCCCGGGGGGCGGCGGCAACAGCAGCGGCCCCGGCGCCAGCUCCGGCCCGGCCCGGGGCCCCCGCAAGCGCCAGCUGGUGUACGUGUUCACUACGUGGCGCUCGGGUUCGUCCUUCUUCGGGGAGCUCUUCAACCAGAACCCCGAGGUGUUCUUCCUUUACGAGCCCGUGUGGCACGUGUGGCAGAAGCUGUACCCCGGCGACGCGGUGUCCCUGCAGGGCGCGGCGCGGGACAUGCUGAGCGCCCUCUACCGCUGCGACCUCUCCGUCUUCCAGCUGUACAGCCCCGCGGGCAGCGGGGGGCGCAACCUGACGACGCUGGGCAUCUUCGGGGCCGCCACCAACAAGGUGGUCUGCUCCUCGCCCCUGUGCCCGGCUUACCGCAAGGAGGUGGUGGGGCUGGUGGACGACCGCGUGUGCAAGAAAUGCCCGCCCCAGCGGCUGGCGCGCUUCGAGGAGGAGUGCCGCAAGUACCGCACCCUCGUCAUCAAGGGGGUGCGGGUCUUCGACGUGGCCGUGCUGGCCCCGCUGCUGCGGGACCCGGCCCUGGACCUCAAGGUCAUCCACCUGGUGCGGGAUCCCCGGGCCGUGGCCAGCUCCCGCAUCCGCUCCCGCCACGGCCUCAUCCGGGAGAGCCUGCAGGUGGUGCGCAGCCGGGACCCGCGGGCGCACCGCAUGCCCUUCCUCGAGGCGGCGGGACACAAGCUGGGCGGAAAGAAGGAGGGGCUGGGGAGCGGGCCGGCGGACUACCACGCCCUGGGGGCCAUGGAGGUCAUCUGCAACAGCAUGGCCAAGACCCUGCAGACGGCUCUGCAGCCCCCCGACUGGCUGCGGGGCCACUACUUGGUGGUGCGCUAUGAGGACCUCGUGGGGGACCCGGUCAAGACGCUGCGGAGGGUUUACGACUUCGUGGGGCUCCUGGUGAGCCCGGAGAUGGAGCAGUUUGCCUUGAACAUGACCAGCGGCUCGGGCUCCUCCUCCAAGCCCUUCGUGGUGUCCGCUCGCAAUGCCACCCAGGCAGCCAAUGCCUGGAGGGCUGCCCUCACCUUCCAGCAGAUCAAGCAGGUGGAGGAAUUCUGCUACCAGCCCAUGGCGGUGCUGGGCUACGAGAGGGUCAACAGCCCCGAGGAGGUGAAGGACCUCAGCAAGACUCUGCUCCGGAAACCCCGGCUCUAAGACAGGGUACAGGAGGGGAGAUGGGACAGGACUCAUCUCCUACCCGGAGGCCCGCCCCCACAGGACCUCCUGAGAACCUUGUGGGCACUGGAGGAUCACGGUGCGUCAAAAGGACGGCCCAAGACCUCCAUCGGGAAGACUGAGUAUUCUCUCUAUAAUAUAUAAUAUAAAUAAUUACACUCACACUUGCUAUGAAUGUUUUGAGUCAUGGGGUUUCAAGGAACAGCUACAACGGGUACAUCCCAGAAGAGGCAAGACUUGAAAGAGUUGGCAAGUUUCCCCUCCCCUCCCUUCUCUUCCUUCCUUCCAUGCCAUCCCAUCCCCCCUCACCUCCUUCCGUUCGGAAGUGGGAUGUUGUUCAAGUUCUCAGCAACCAAAAUCUUGUUUACAAACUUUCUGUGGUGUCUGUGGUCAUGUAAAUGAACAGCUUGGAUUUUGGAGAGAGGGUGGGAUGGGGUUAGGGGUAGGGAGUUCAGGGAGGGUCUGGAGCGCAGGGGAGAGGCAGAAAUCACAGAUUCGUAAAUCUGAAAUGGACUUUUGUGGAAAAAGUGAAGGUUACAUGUGAUUAUUAAUAAAGAAUAAUAAAUGAUAUUCAUUUUUUAAUAUCUGUUUUGGUUGCUUUGGAAUUAUCAGUGUUCCUUGUCCAGUGCAGCUACAAAUAACACUUGCUUUUCUGGGUACCUGUCCCACGUGGGAAGCCAGAAGGAUUGCCUGGGGGAGGAGGGGGGAGGCUAGAGGCAGCAAUUGCUUGGCGACUAUUCCUUGCCCAGAGCUGGGAGUCACUUUCUUAUAAAUAAAUCAUGCCUUCUGUCAGGCCCCAGUUCCAGCAUUUGUACACAAAUUCACUAAUACAACCCACCCCACCCCCAAAACCCUAAAAAAAAAAUAGAGCAAAUCAGUGGAAAAGUACAGCUCCUUCCUUCUUGGUCAUUCAUCUAAGAAGGAAAGUACAAAAAUUCCUGUGAUUUCCAAAAAACUGCUUUGGGCUAUCACGGUGUUAAGAUUUAAUACCCCAGGGGACUUAUUUUCUGUCCAGAGCUUGGCACAGAAUUUGGUCAUUUGAUAUGAUGGAUGUCAAAGAAAGUGUGUGAUUGAAAAUCAAAACACAGCCAGAGAACAGAACAAAACCUAAAAGUUGGAGUGUUGGGAAACUGCAUAUAUAUGUAUAUAUGUAUAUGUAUUUGUAGGUUUUUUUUCCCUUUCUUUUCUACCAUGGAGGUAUCCUCUCUAAGCUGAGGGGUCACUGAGAAACCUGGAUCUGGAGUGUGUUUGUUUCUCCUCUUGACAGUCAACAUAAUGAGGCAUGGGAAAGAAAGCAAUGGAGUUGGAUCGAAAAAGCAUCAAGUUAUUCAGCUUUUUCUUUUCCUUCCCAUCUAAAGGAGUGUGUGUAUGAAUUUAUCAUGCAUGGCUUGUUUUGGUGCCAGUGGGAUGCGUUACUUUCUUCACAUUUAUCACACAAAAAAGUAUAAAUUUGCCAAGGAAAUGGUAGGCCACAGAAUGAGGCUUUAGUCUGAACUUAUUCAGUAUUCAGUUUUCAUCCUUCCAUAUUUUAAAAUGAAAACAUGGGUUAGUCUGUUUGAAUUUUAAGAGUCUAGAAUUUUACUUGGAGAAAAACAUUGUAUCUUUUGCAGGGGUAAUAAUGUAGCUCUAAUUCUACCCCCAUUUGGGGUUUAUAUAUCCCUUCGUACUAUCAGAUUAUGAAAUUUAGGCAUAUAGUGGGGAAAGUAGACAGAUUUGAGGUAUCUGAUGUUAAAUAUAGUACAAUUUCAAUAUCCUCCUACCCUGAUUUCACUGUAAUUUAUUAUGAGACCUCUGGAAGAAAGCUUGGGCAUAUUCUGUUAGCUGCUGAGGAUUUCUUUUUAGGGAGAAAACAGAUAGGAAGCGUAAUGUUCUUGUGAAGAUAUCUAUUUGAACACAGGGAUGACUAUUAAGUGUAUAAUUGUAAUUAUGUGUGGAAUCUAAUUGUACUAUUAAGGAUUUCCAGAUAAAAAAGAAUAAAAAGGGAAAUCAGGUAUUUUCUCAGAAAGAAGAUUCUUUUUUUAACAGGAGAGAAAAAUGAUCUAGAGAAAAAACAUGGUCAUUUCUUAAUUUGUCCAGCAGCUUACGGCUUUAUCUUUAUUAUACUAGAUUGCAUAUAGAAUGCUUUGAUUCUUGGUUUUCAUAAAGAGCAGCACCAGUAAAUGCAUUUGUGACACUUUUAAUUUAAAAACACUUUAAAAUUAGAUUAGCACGCAAUAAAUAAGAUGAAUUGGUAUUUGAUGACUGCAGAUGGCAUCAUUUUAGGAGGGAAUCAAGGGAACAUCAUUAAAGAGCAAAUGCUUUUAAUCAAAAAUGAAGACUACUCAAAUUUUUGUGUUGUGUUGGAUUCAAGAAAUCUGACCUUAACCAUUUGAUAUACUAAAAUUCAUAUUGUUUUUAUUGAAAAGGAUUUUAGAAAAAUUUUUUGAAUCCUAAUUAUGACACCAAUUAUGACUAAAAGCUCCAGUUUUAUUAAAGUUGUAUUCUAGCAAUUUUGCAUUUUAUAACAUCAUAGGGAGUAAGUAGUCCAUAGAAAAGACUGAGCCCCUUACUUGCUAAAUAACUUUGUAACCUAAACAUCAACGGUCACCACACACCUCCAAUAUUUAAAAAAGUUAUUUUCCUUUUAAAAAAUAUAACUUCAAUUUUGUUCCACCACCCCAACUCCCUUGUCUUAGCUACCUUCAUAUAUUUGUAAUUUGGAAAGGCACACUGUCUCUUUUAGAGGUUUGUAGGUAGCUAUGAACUAGGAGAAUGGAGUCUAGAACAAUGGGGUGGUUGCCUAUAACAAAGACUAAGCCAAUCAUUUCUAGGACAUUCAACUCUCAUGGGAUUGGGGAAGGUCCAAGAAAUUAAUUGUCCUUAACUUAUAUUCAUGUAGUAAUUUAAAGUUAACAAGGCACUUUACCUCCAUUAUCUCAUUUGAUUCUCAAAACAGUUUCCUGGGGAUAGUUGCUACAGAUGUUUUAAGCCCCUUUUAAUAUAUGAUGAAACCAAAGUGUAGGAGGUUAAAUCAUGUGCCCAAAGUAACGACAAGUAAUUGUCAGAGAUAGAUUUUUGAACCCAUGUUUAUUCUGAUUCCAGGUCUGGACUACUCUCUCUUUCCAUGGUUCUGUAGUACUAAAGUAAUAGCAAAUUCUAAUAAAAAUACCUAUUCUGUUACAAUGAA